UACUGGCGCCACAACCAACUCAGUCGUAGUCACAAAAUAUAUGCUUGCAUCAGGUGCCACUGGGCCUUCUGUUCUGGUGUCUUUCUCUAAGCGAUUUGCCAUGACUGAGGGAUCUGCAAUAAAACUGAUCCAUGUGGUGUUGUUAAUGAGGCACCAUCGUUUUUAGUUUGGUAGCUCAUUUGCUAGGCAUUAGAGAAAGAUGAACUCAAAGAUUGGUGUUUUGAAAUUUGCCUCCAAAGAGUGGCUGCCAUAAAAUGCCGCUGGCUACAGAAAAUAACAUAGAUAGUGUUAUUAAUACUAGUAGUAAUAAUGGUAGUAGCGGUUUGUUUUCAUCCCAUGUGAUGGUUGUUUGAUUUUGACUCUGCAUAUCAACAAGAUAAUAUUUCUCGUUACUGUGGAACGUAACUGAUCAUAUUGGCAUUAAAGUUAAGUUCACCAUGCUAAUGAAAAUUUACCUAUUCCUUCAUAUCAUCAUUUCAUUGGCGCUAAGCUUGAUCUUUUCCUUUCAUUGUUACUAUCUGCCAGGUCAAGUGUUCUGUGUAACAUGAUAUGCCAGAUUCUGUUUCAGCAUAUUCUUCUGUAAUGAUUUUAUUGUGUUGAACCAUUUAUUCCGCAGAUGAUCAGUGUUUCAGUUCUGGAUCAUUCAAAUAUUCUGUUACAUUCAGUUCUUAAUUUCUUGUGGAAUUAACUUUGCACAUAUGACCUUUUGCUCGUAGAGAGAUUAGAUUAUAAAUGAAUCUGUUAUGUCCUAAGAAUCUGUGUUGUUGUUCCAAUUCUUUCGCCUUUCAAAUAUCUUUUUUACAGCACAAAGAUUCUCUUAUGAAAAGAUUGCAUGGUGUUCGAAGAUAUUAUGCAUACUGCAAAGCCCUUCUGCAACUUGAUUUUAUCAAGUGGAAUAGUAACCCUGAAGAAGUUUUAAAACGGAUCAAAGAGUCAACUAGAUGGUCUGAUGUGCUGAAUGAUUAUGAGCUACAACGUGGUUUAGAGGGUCAUAUGAAAUUUUCAAGGAUGCAUGUGAGUAAAUUGGACAUAACUUCCACAAGCAGCAGCAUGACUGAGUUUGAUAAGGUAGCUUUGGAGGAAGACAUCAACUCUCGUAUGAGUUCAGAAUUAGAGAAGCAUCUACAAUUCCCUGACCAGUUGCUCAUGCGAGAAUAUUUCAAUAGUGUGAAAAUAAGGAACCUUGCCAGGGAGGCUGGAGUCAUUCUUGUCGAAGAGGUCAGUUUUCUAUUUUUGGCAUUCAGAUUUUGAAACUGGAAUGUGCAUGAGUUAGUGAAAUAAAUCGGACCCUGUAUAUCUGUGAACCCUUCUAUCAUGACGAUUAGUUUGUAAAGGCGCAUUCUUAUUUUGACAUGUUAUUUGCAAAUUCUCUUGCAUCACAUAUGCACUCUGUCCUCGUCUCAUUUUACUCUUUUUUCCC